AUGAAAAUAAUUUUAUUUUUAGUUUUAAUUCUUUCAGUUUUACUUCAUGUAAAAUCUGAUACUCCAAGCCCAUCAUCAUCCCCAUCAUCGUCCCCAUCAUCAUCCCCAUCAUCAUCCCCAUCCGAUGUAGGCUUCAAUAUGUUUGUAGUUAAAAACAAAAAGGUUCCAAGCGAAUGUGAACAUACUUUUGUCAAAGAUGGAAAAAAUCAAACCGAAUACGAACUUAAAGUUUAUAUAAAUACCAAAUGUACUGCAGGCUGUGGUGGUAGUAUGAAGGUUGAUGUUGUAGAUAAACAACAAAAUACCUUCAAGCUUCUCUAUUGGGCAAAUAACAAUGAUAAAUGCGAAGCUAGCCAAUCAGAGGCCUGGAAUUUCCAAUGUAAAGAUUCAAACACUGCCAAUGAUCUUAAUGAUGUAUACACCGUUACCUGCCAAAGUGAUAAGAACCCACCAACUGAAUCUCCAACCCCAACCCCAAGUAACUCAACUCCUUCAACUAAAGCUCCAACCAACUCAACCUCCUCAACCAAUACUUCAACACCAGCUCCAACUACAAAACCAAAAGAUCAAACAGAAGCUCAAGGUUCAUCUGCAAACGCUUUGAUUGUUGGUUUUGGUGUUAUCCUUGCCUCAAUUAUAUCAACAUUGUUCCAAUUUCAUGAUGGUACUAUGACCAUUAAAGAUUACAGUAUCCAUUUUUGGAUUGGAGAGCUAUCAAUGUCAGAUGAAUCAAUUCAUUUUUGUAACGAAAGAAUUGAAGAAUUAGAAAGAAUAGUUGUUAAAAAUCAACAGUUUGAAACUACAAAUGGGACACAACCAAUUCUUUAUCGUGAAUUUCAAGGAAAAGAAAGCGAUCUCUUUAUGUCUUAUUUCAAGAACCAUGGUGGCCCACGUUAUGUUCCUCCAUUAAAGUUGGCAAGUAAUAGUAGUUCAAAUAAAGAAGCAAAAUACAAACUAUUCCAUUUGAAAGGUAGACGUAAUAUUAGAGUUAAGCAAAUCGAGGUUUCUGCUGGAAAUUUAAACUCUGGUGAUGUAUUUGUAUUAGAAGGUGAUGAUAUUAUCUUUCAAUGGAAUGGUUCCGAAUCAUCAAGACUUGAAAAGGGUAAAGGUCUCGAUCUUACUGUUCGUUUAAGAGAUGAAAAAUCAGCAAGAGCCAAAAUUAUUGUUAUGGACGAAAAUGAUAAUGAUGCAGAACAAACCGAGUUUUGGUCAAGAUUAAACGGAAAAAAAUCAGAUGUUCAACCUUCAUCUGCUGGUGGUGAUGAUUUAGAUUUUGAAAAGAAAUCAAUGGAAGAAAUUAAAUUAUAUCAAGUCGAUAAUGAAAAUGAAGAGGAGUUACAUUUACAUAUUAUAGAACCAAUUGGCGAAGUUUAUUCAACAGGACAAUUAAAGCCAGAAAACUGUUAUAUUUUAGAUUGUGAAACUCAAUUAUUUGUUUGGUUAGGUAAAAAGUCAUCAACUAAUCAAAAAACAAUGGCAACAUCUAAUGCAAUGGAUUUAUUGCACGAUGAUAAAAGACCAUCAUGGACCCCAAUUAUUAAAAUGUCCCAAGGUUCUGAAAAUACAUUAUUUAAAGAUAAAUUUAAAAAAGGUUCAUGGGGUGAAUUUGUUCAAAAAGACUUUGAUAAAAAGGUUACUGGCAAAAUUGCUCCAAAACAACAACAAGAAAAAGUUAAUGUCGAUCAACUACACAACCCAGAAAAAUACCAAUUGGCAAGAGAAGAAAGAAAAUCAACUAUUCCAACCUGUCACCACAUUGAUGAUAGACACAAGGGUCAAUUAAGAAUCUGGCAUGUUAGAAACCGUGAUAAAUUUGAAAUUGCUGAAUCUGAAUUUGGUCUUUUCUUCAAUCAAUCAUGUUAUUUGGUAUUGUUUACCCUUUCAAGUAUUGAUGGAUCAACAAACUCUAUACUUUACUAUUGGCAAGGUAGAUUCAGUAAAAGCGAAGACAAAGGUGCUGCUGCAUUAUUGGCCAAAGACGUAGGCAAAGAAUUAAACACUCCAUGUAUUCAUGUUAGAACCGUCCAAAAUAAAGAACCAAAACACUUUUUAGAACAUUUUAAGGGCCAUAUGGUUGUAUUUAAAGGUGCAAGAUCAUCAACAACAGAGCUAUCUUUUGAUAAGGUUUCAUUAUCUGGUCUUUAUCAUGUUAGAGGAACUGAUGAAACUGAUACCAAUGCAAUUCAAGUAGAACAAGUAGUAUCAUCAUUGGACUCGAAUGACUCAUUUAUUUUUGUUGAUCAACAGGGUUCAUCAUAUAUUUGGGUAGGUAGAUACUCUGAUGAAAAACAAGCUGCUCUCACCAUCUCUCAAAAUGUUUUCAAAGGUUAUUCAUUCAAUGUUAUAUCCGAAGGUGAAGAAUCAUCAGAAUUUUGGGAAUCAAUUCAAAGUGGCUCAAGCACUUUAGCCGAAAAAAAAUAUUACAAGACUUUAAGAACUGUAGAACAAGAAAAAAAAAGUCGUCUUUUCCAAUGCUCAGCAAACUCAGGUGUUUUUAAAGUAUUUGAAAUCUUUGAUUUCUCUCAAGAUGAUUUAGACUCUGAUGAUGUUAUGAUUUUAGAUAAUCAAAAGCAAAUCUUUGUUUGGGUCGGUAAAGAAUCAAGCGAUACUGAAAAACAAAUGUCUAUGGAAACUGCUAUGGAAUAUUUAAUGAAUGCUCCAAACGACAGAAAAGAUGAUCCAAUCUAUAGAGUUGAAGAUGGUAAUGAACCAUUGGAAUUUAUUUUCAAUUUCCAUGCAUGGGAUUCUAAUAAACUUCGUGAAGAUUCUUACAAAUCUAAAUUAGACUCAAUUCUUAAAGGAACUGCUGGUGGAAUCCCAAUGGUUUUACCUCACCCAAAUGCCCCCUCCUCAUUAAAGCCAUCAACUAGAUCUGUUCCAACUCAUCAAACAAAUCAACCAUCACAACCCAAUUUUAAAGUUAAUUUAAAACCAACCACAGCAACAGCAUCAAAUAAAUCCGAUUCUGCAAAUCCAUCACCAGCUUCAACAAAUGCCUCUGCUCCAACCCCUAAAAAUACCUCUGUACCUAUUCCAUCAACACCAAAAACCGUCACAUCAUUCUAUCCAUUAGAAGUAUUACAAAAAAAACCAUUACCAUCAGAUGUUGAUCCAACAGCUAUUCACUUACAUCUCUCUGAUUCAGACUUCUUAGUUUCAUUCAAACUCACAAAAGAACAAUUUAUUGCUUUACCUGCUUGGAAACAAAAAAAUCAACGUGUUUCUUUAAACCUUUAUUAA